AUGGCUGCACUUCGCCUCGCAGGUGUCAGUAUCAACGCCGGCACUAAUAUCAAUAAGGCGGCCGGCAAACCAUCGCAGGUUGCUUACGGCGUCAGCCUUCACGAGAGCUGGAGCUUCUCAGCAACACGCUCAAUUGAAAUGACCUGGGUAGCCGGUCAGAAGUUCUUGUGUUCGGAGACUUGA